GUGGUCCCCCCCCCCCUCCUUCAAAUAAAUACUAACUUGCACCGAAAUAAGGUGAAAAAACCAAUUUUUCUCAAAGGGGCAUGUAUUUAGGAGUCUAUUUUACUCGCUACUUUGCGGUUGGGACCUAAACUAGCAUCACCCAGCGUCAGGAAGACAUCUCGCUUCACGAACCAAAUCUUCUGGAUGACGUGCCUUGUAUUCCCCAUAUGACUUCACUACCAUUAUUAAAUAUUUUUUUUCUUCCAUUAAAACGCAAUUCGGUCGCAUAUAUUUAGCUCAAACGGUCUACCUUGCUUAGAGCCUUCGUAACAAAUUUUUUUCCCCGCAUUCAAGCACUUUUUAUGUAAAAAGAAUCAAUUUUUGUAAGUUCGCCCUAUACAAUCCCGUGUAUUCUCGGGAGUUACGAACAUUUAACCUCAAACCCAUGGCCAGGUAUGAUUAGAUGGUAUUGGUUAAUUUCACUUCAUAUAUAAAACAUACAUGUAAAAACGACUAUGAAACGAAUUUACACUUUACAAAUCGCAAAAUUCUCUGGUCCUCAUGUCUUGUCGAUGUGGUGAUUAUCAUUACUACUGCUUAUCUCGUGUCUUCCUGGUAUUAUCGUACCUUUUUUCCACGCGUUUACUGAAAAAGUGAUUGUUUACUUCGACUUCGUAAUUGUGAUAAAAACUUUCAGCUGAACAGUGAGGAUUUUACUCGAGCCCUCUUAUGAAUUUUUUGGACAACUUCAGUGGUUCUGUAGCCUGUUUAUUCGUUACCCACACAGCUGGAAACACAUCUUGAAUUUACUGAUCGAUUGCAAGAUCAACUCGCAAGGAAAGGAAGCUUUAUUCAUGCUCAAUUUUAUCUCUAGACUCCGCUUCAGCCUAGAUUUAGUUCUUUCUUCUCAGCAUUCUUUCCUAGCAUUUGAUAAUGGUUGGUGGAACCAAAGCCGAGGUACCAGAGGUGGAACUCACAGAAGAUGAAGACAGCCAAGAGGCACAUGUGCAGAAAGCUGUCGAGAGGAAGAAACUUCAGCCUGAUGAGAGAAUGCCCCCCAUCAAUGUUCCAGAAAAAAUAUUUCUCUGCUUGGACGUCACUCCAUCCUGCUCCAAGAUCAGUUUAUAUCCAGGUAAGGAUGUAGAACCAUUGUUGCUCCUUAAACAAAGCAUACUAAUAUUUAUCAACAACAAGCUCAAUUGGAAUCCGCAAACACAAAUCUCCAUCAUUUUGUUGAAUGGUUCUAGUGCUGUUCUCUACUGCCCGUUCACCGACCGCAAAGACAAGUUAAUUGAAAAUAUAAAGCGAAUUCAUGUACCUCCAGGUGAUGGAGAUACGUCCAUGGAGGAUGAUGAAGAAGAUUUUUGUUUGGAUGAAUUUUUGAAACUUAUGAUGAUGAAUGUAGAAUUACCCGAAUGCCAAGAUAAAAAAACGUUACCUGCAUUUAUAGCUCGGGGCAUAUUUUUCUAUGGCCGCACCAAGUUCCUUAGCAUAAGAAAUUCCAUGGAUAAAUUUAAAAUGUUCAUCGACUCCCCUUACUUCAUAUUUGAUAGUCUUUUUCUACACGAAGAUGAAUUAGAUGAAAGUGUCCGUGUACAAAUUAUAAGUACUCUGUCAAAGCUAGAUAAUGGAUACUCGUACAUUCUAGAGACUGAUAACAGUGCUGUUAAUUUUAUGAAUGCAUUUUCAUUGCUUUCAUCUCACCCGUUGCAGCGUCCUCACCAAAGCGAUUUUAAAGAUGACAUAAUGUCUUACAAGAAAAGCUUGAGCAGUUAGAAUAAUUUUUCAGAAAAACCUGUUCUCCAUCUCGAUUUUUUUCCCUUAUUGUCGAAGCCACUUCAGCUUAUUGUUUAAAGUUAUGUCUAAUCAGACAUGUAUACAUUCACAGUGCCUUGCACAUUACCUUUAAAUUGAUGUACAAAUAACCAUUUCUCUAUCAUUUUUGGAAACAAUUUUUCUCCU